CUUUGUUACAAAUUAGUUACAGAGCACGUGGUUUUGUUUCCUACCCUCUAAAAUUCUCUCAUAACCGUCUUCGUGGUCAGCUUAGCUUCUCUCAUACAGUAUUUUCUCUGUUGCUCUGUAAUGGGGUUUAGCUACUCCUCUGCUACGUCAACUUCUUCUCCAUAUGAGGAGGCCAACUUCUUCUCAAGGUAGUCUACUUCCUCUCUUCUGGCAUAAUUCUAUGAAUGGCGGAAUGUUUGUGCAGAAGGAAUCGUUCGCCUCCACUAGGGCGUGGCCAUCUUGACUCCAUCUCCAUGGACUUGAACAGCAUCAUCGAAGAAUUAGGGAGGGUCUCUGGUGCAGUCUAUACCCUCAGAUUUGCGUGGAAUUUGGAUGAGAUGCUACUACAUACUAUAUGUUGUGAUCUUAAGUGGAGUAGUGCUUUUUUCCCCUCUACACUGUUUGGGUGUCCGUACUGGUUGGUGUCUCUUCCUGUCCAGGAUUGCUCCUCUGCAACCUCCACCGCCUCAGUAACUGAUAGGGAGAGGGUGGGAGUGGUGCAGUACCAGUUGAUGAUCACUGCCGCAUUGCAGAGACACCCCAACCAUCAGUCAGUGGGUGGAUAUGAUGAUGCUAACUUCUUAUACAUGGUCAAGCAGAAGAAAACAACGGCCUCCACUAUGCCUUCAUGGAGUAGCCUUCUUCAAUCCAUCUCCAAACAAUAUGGAUCGUCUAUGGUAUACUCGCAAGUGCUGGAGUGCUCCGCCCUUCAUUUACUCAGCAUUUGCCGCUCUUCUUUGCAACCUCUCUGCAACUGCAAGAUCACGCCUUAUGCCUUAUCCGUUGUCUUCACUUCCGAUAAUUUGAAGAGAAAUCAAGACCUUAACAGACUGGAAAUAAUCGGAAAAGAGGAGUCAGUUGCACUUCUCAAGUUGCUCAAACUUGGAGAAGGCGAAGGCAAGUCGUUCGAAUGGAUUCUCCAAGAAGAGUUCAAAUCAGAAUUCAAACCCAUUCGUUAUAUCGAAGUAUGUGCUACCCUCGCUGCAAUCCUUGAGGACACGGUACUUAAUCCCUCCAAUCGGUUGGUUCCCUUUGCAAUUGUUCAUCAAGCAUGUUCUUCCCCAACGUUUUCUUCAGAUCCAUUCCUCCCGAUUCUUAUGAAUGUAAUAGGUGGAAUUGAGAGCGUCAAAUCUCAAAGGGUUGAAGGAAGAGAAACAAAUGACGCGGGAGAAAAAGAGAAAGAGGGAGAAAACGAAGGUGCACCGCUGGAUGAAAGGGGAGAAGGAUCGGAGGGUUCAGAUAUAGUUGAAGAUUUGGUCCUGUCUGACGAUUCUGACGACAAUUAUCGCGAAAGGCUCAUUCCAGUGUAUGAAGAUGGCAUAGAAGAGAAAGUUGGCGAAGUAAGCUUAAUCGAAGCUUUUGGCUACACCAGUUUUGCCAGGCAGGUGGCUCGUGCAAAUAAAGAAGAGAAUGAGCGAGGCGGGGAAGGCUGGCUAGCUGGCAUCUUCCAUGUGCUCUGGCCGUGGCCCCGGUAUGAUACAACCUAUCACGAUGUUCACGACGAAGUGUUAGAUCCUAGGAAGGUCCAUUGGCUCUCCUUUCUAAGGUCUAUCCAACUCGUUCGAGUGAAGAGAAGUUAUAUGGAUCCUGUUGGCCAAGUAAUACGGGUUCGGUUCUGGAGUCUGGAAAAGGUGGAUGAAGUCGUGAUGCAGAGAAAGUAUAUCCAUAGCCGGAGGGAUUUCGUAGCCGUGCUGCAUAUGACUUGGGCCGCCUGGAAAGAUCAAGAACCCAGCUAUCAAUGCCCCGCUGAGGCCGUGGUUGAUGGGGGGCGAUUGCAAUAUCUCCGAUCAAACCUCAGUGAGAUCCCUUUUGAGUUGGAGGACGAUAGAGAAGACGACUCGGAGGAUCCUGAGUGGGACUCCUUCUUCGCGGCAGUGUCCUUGAUCAUAUGCACCACAACUGAUACCCCGUAAUUGACAGGAAAAGGAAUGGAUCGCCUAUGGACAACUAUCACCUUUUCCUCUAUUUUCUUAAUUUUCCGUGACAUUGCAAUAAAAGGUGGCAUGAACACUCUUGUUUGGUUUAGAAUGUUUGGUUAAUGUGUCUUCCAUAACUUCUUCCUAUCGAUCAAAUUGACGUGCAAACUUGAUGAUUUCAAAUAUAUCCUCUUGUGAUAUACUACGUAUUUAAUUUUGUCUAA